GAAAGGGGGCAUAUUCCAGAUCCAGUAUUAGUACAUGAUUAUGUAACUCUCUUCUGAAAGAGUUACCGGUAACUUGCGAAAUGGCAGAGGGACAAGCUUUCAUUCGAAGCACAGAAUGGAACUCAUUUUGCUUGAGAAAGAACAUUUCCUGGACCACGUACGUUCUAAUCUGUCUAUUUGGCCUGGGUUCCUGGGUAGCUGUCAAUGGUUUGUGGGUUGAAUUGCCUGUGCUUGUGGGAUAUGCCCCAGAACAGUGGAGCCUUCCAUCGUAUCUCACAGUUAUCAUUCAGUUGGCGAACAUCGGCCCCGUGAUUUACGCCUUGGGGAACCGCUUCGCUCCUCGCAUCGUUCACGAAAAAACGACGAUUCUUUCUAUUGUGGCGAUUGGGUGUUUAGCGUGCGCGUUGUUGGGUCUUUAUUGGGACGAGACAAGCUCUAUUGGUGGCAAACAACACAGCACAGUUCUUUUUAUCUUAUCCUUCUUGCUGGCAUUAGUUGAUUGUACAUCCUCUUUGGUAUUUCUCACGUUCAUGUCUACUUUCCCAUCAACUUAUAUGAGUGCGUUGUUUGUUGGUGAAACCUCGAGUGGUUUGCUGCCAUCAUUAGUAGCUUUGGCCCAGGGCAUUGAAAAUGGAGGUACAAACAGCAGCAAAAACACUACUGAUCACAAGACCCACUUAAUUCCCCAAUCAAGGUUUUCACCAGAGGUAUUUUUCUUCUUUUUGUUCACAAUCAUGGUUAUUUGUGGGAUAGCCUUUUUGGCGCUGAAUUAUUUACCAGUGGCCAAAAGACAACAUGUCAGACAAAAACAAAUUAAAACACGAAGAAACAGCAACAGUUCAACACAGCCACUUUUCGAUGAUACUACAAGAAGUAGAUUUCAGUCUACAUCAACAAGUGACGUUUCUCCUCAAGAUUCUUACUUGAGUCACCAAUCUGUCAACAGUGAUACAUUCUCCUGGUGUGAACGUCACAUAUUACUUCUGCUCUGUAUUCAAACUUGGAUAAACUGCCUUUCCAAUGGUGUCUUGCCAUCGAUACAAGCAUACGCCAGUAUUCCCUAUGGCAACAAGACAUACCAUUUAGUUGCCACACUGUCAAAUAUAGCGAGCGCAUUGACUUGUUUCAUUGCCUUAUGGUUUCCGUCAACAUCUUCCAGACUAGUUACAGUGUUGGCAAGUGUGUAUACAGUCCUCAGCACAUACAUCAUCAUCCUUGCAGCCAUGAGCCCAACACCGCCCAUGCAUGGUACAAGUGUUGGGAGCUUGAUAGUGAUUUUUGUUAGUAUUGUCAGCGGCAUUCUAAUUAGUUAUACUAAGUUGACCAUCUCAACAAUCAUGCGUGACCAUGGUAAACGGGCAUUAUUUUGGUGUGGUAUUUGUAUACAGAUAGGGUCAUGUAUCGGUGCUCUUGUCAUGUUCCCUCUUGUAAAUAUUGCUAAGCUUUUUCACCAGUGAAAGAGCUGUUAGCCAGUGAAAUUCCCAAAAUUUGUGGAAUAAAUCACUACUAAAUCAAACAAUCAAAUUGCUUUAGAAUUUGUCCAGUAGAAACAUGAGUUGCUAGAAAGUAAAAUUCUCAGCUUUAUGCUCUUCUGCUUUAGUUGGAAAUUUUGACUCUGGUAGGGAACAGCUGUGAGUCAGAUGCGAAACUUUUUUAUAUGCCGAGCUAAAUACAAGAGUUAUAACCUUUUCUGUAGCUAUUUCCAGAAACUGUGUAUGGAACAUUUCAAGAUGGUUGGAAUGAUCAGCUGUAUAUUUUUGAACAGGAGUUGGUCAUGAUGUGAAUUAAGUUCAGCUCAUGAAAACUUUGGUAUUUGAACAGAAUCUUAUGUGUGAUUAACUUCAGGCUUUACUGUGAUUAAUUUGUCUUGAGAAUUCUUCGACUGGUAUUUCUUUGAUAUUUCUGAAUACCCAGGGAUUCUAUAGAAGAUUGUCAGAGAAAGAAAACUGCAUUACAAUUUGAAUCGCUUGCAUGCACUGAACAGUACCAACUGAAACCACAGGGAGUCAUCUGUGUGUUUUGUGUAGUGGAUGUGUAGGCACGAUCACAUUAUGCCUGUGCAGUGAACAAAGCACAGACAAAAAGAAGGGAAAAUCAUUGGGAAUUUUUGCAAUUACUGGCUUUUGUUUGUCUAUUGAAAUUUGCUUUUGUUUGUUUAACUUCUCAAAUUUACUUACAACUAAUAUCAAGAGGUAAAAAAUUGAAUUAAUAACUGGAUAAUUUUGUCUAGUGGAUGGCAUGAUGCCUGGCAGUGUCACGCAAAUACUCUAGUUUCAUCCAAUAUGUUGGGAAAUUUGUUCCUAAAAGGACAGGGAAAGAUAUGGAAACCUGGGGCUAGAUUUGGGGAAGUUUUAAUGAUAUGGCAGAAAUUUCUGCUUAUAAAAACUACUUACCAUUUUAUGCAUUAGCCUGCAUUGCUAGUAGUCUGCAAUUUUGGGGGCGAAGAGAAAAUUUUUUCAUUUUUCUCUCUGCCCCCAAAAUCACAGACUGCCAGCAAUGCAGGCUAUUUAUGCACAAGAUUUUUUGACUCAAAAAGCCAAGCUGUGGCUGGGUAGGCCAAUAAGCUCGAAUACAGACUUUACUUUAUGAAUAGUACAAGAUUUUAAGAGUGAACUGUUAGGACUUGCAUUAGGUAUUUAAAGAUGAAGGCAUUGUAAUUUGUGUGUAUUAAAAAUAAGUUUAAGUGAUCAUGACCCCU